AUGGCUGGACGUACAACGUUGGUCAAACCACCGGACGUGGAUCCGACCAAGGCGCAGAUUGAGAAUGCACUGGAACUUACCGACCUGAGCAUAAUUGGGCCUGAUAUCUUCACCAACACCAGAGAGCUGUGGCACCCGCCAGGGGCUCGAGGCAUCUAUGGCGGCGCCGUGAUCGCACAAACUCUUGCUGCAGCGCAGCGCACUGUGCCGGCGGACUUCGUGGUGCAUUCAUUCCACUGCUACUUCGUUCUUGCCGGAGACUCAGGUGUCCCAAUUCUAUAUCAUGUAGAGCGAGUGCGCGAGGGGCGUAGUUUCUGCACCAGGACGGUGCAGGCGCGACAGCGCGGCAAGGCCAUCUUCACCGUCACCAUGUCCUUCACCAAGGAGAACAGCGGCGGCGCGCAGCAAGUCCAGCACGCCGCCAAGAUGCCAGCGGAUGUCCGGCCGCCGCCGGAUGACUACGUAGAAGAGCAGCUGGGCGGUGGCACCUCUCCGUUCGAGAGCUAUAGGAUCGAGGUGACGGACAAGGACGGGCCUCCCGAGCUCAAGAAGACCCGGCAAUGGGUGCGCGCCAGAGGCAAGAUCAGCGAGAGCGGAGGUCACCAGGCCCAUCUCAGUGCGCUGGCGUACGUGAGCGACAGCUACUUCAUUGGCACCGUCAGUCGCAUACAUCGCCUAUGGCGGUUUCCUUUCAAGGCCGAGGAUCUUCACAAGCUUUCACCUGAAGUCAGAAAUCAUGUUGUCAAACUAAACGAGUUUGAAGGUAGUGGAAGCGUGGAGGAUAUGAAAGGCCGGCCAGCGAUUGGGAUGAUGGUCUCCCUUGACCACACUAUUUACUUCCAUAACCCUAAGAAGGUCCGCGCAGAUGAGUGGAUGUUCGCUGAGAUGGAGAGCCCCUGGGCUGGUGAUGGCCGUGGAGUCGUCACCCAGAGGAUCUUCAGCAAAGAUGGAACGUUGCUGGCAACAUGUUUCCAAGAGGGCGUUGUUCGAUUGAAGCAGAAGAAGGAGCCAGCGCAGCCAAAGCUAUAG